GACCAACCCAAAAGAACCCAACUUUAUAUAUGAUAGAAGACCCAAUAAACAAACUUUUUUGGUGUGAAAUGGUUCUAUAAUGUACAAAAUUUAACUAUUUGAAUAAUCAUUAUUUUAAAGAAAGUAUUUUAGCCUUUUUCUAAUGCAUAUCUUGUUUUCUUAUCAAAAAAAAAAAAAAAAAGUAAUAACUAAUAUCAGAACUUACUGGUUCCAACUUCUAUAAAGUUCAGCUCACCUUCUAAUAUCGACAUUAGCAGGCAUUUCAGCUUCAAAAGGCAAAAUGGAUUCCAAGAAGUCUAACAAGAUCACUGAGAUUGUCAGGCUUCAACAGAUCCUCAAAAAAUGGAGAAAACUUGCAAAUACAUCAAAGAGCAGUGGCAAUAGCAGCAGCAUAAAGAACAGCAACAAUAACAACAGCAAUAAGGGCAAACUUCUAAGGAGAACACUCUCCCUGUCGGAGAAAUCAGAUGUUGUCCCUAAAGGGUACCUGGCAGUUUGUGUUGGAGAAGAGCUUAAGAGAUUUGUGAUCCCAACCAAGUAUUUGAGCCAUCAAGCAUUCAUCAUCCUACUCAGAGAAGCAGAAGAGGAAUUUGGGUUUCAACAAGCAGGAGUUUUGCAGAUUCCUUGUGAAGUUUCUGCAUUUGAGAACAUCUUGAAGGUGGUUGAGAAGAAGGAUUUCAGGUUUCUCGGAGAAGAUGCUAUAGGAUGCUGCUCAUCAGAAAGCCAGCUAAACCAAUCUUACCAUCCACAAAGUCCUAUGUGCACAUGAUUUUUUAACACCUUUUCAUUCCUUUGUAUGAGGCAAAUGUAUGAGUGAGAGAGAGAGUGGGGGAGAUUUUAAUAAGAUGUUCUAUACUUCAAUCAAUGAAAAGAUAUUAACAACACAAAUAUUGAUCAA